AUGAACGUCCAAUUUAGAGAAGUAAACUCCAGAAUGGCAUUCAAGCAGCUAGAUAUGUUAAGGAACUUAUUUCGCCGUUUUCCAAAUCAUUCAGGCCAUACAAGAUCGUAUUCCCAGUUCACAUAUAAAAGGUUCAACAAUGGCAAUGGCAACACCUUUCGUCACCUAUUGUUCGAUCCUAGCUCAAGAAAAUACCUUGCGAUAGUGUUCGGUGGUGGCUCAUUAUUCUAUCUGACUCAUCUAGAGGAGGCUCCAAUUAGCGGUAGAAGGAGGUUUAUUUGGAUUCCACCCUCAUUAGAGUUAAUGAUUGGGAAAUACACAUACAAGUCGGUGCUUAGACAGACUGGGAAUGCAAUCUUGCCACAAAAUGAUCCAACUACUCGAAGGGUCGCAAGAGUGUUUGAAAGAAUAGUUGAAGCUGCGCACAAGGAUUCUACUGUGGACAAGUCAUUGCUCAAAGAUAUAGAUUGGAAGAUUCAUGUUGUCAACGAUCCUGCAGCACCACCAAAUGCGUUUGUGUUGCCUGGAGGAAAAGUGUUUGUGUUCAGCAGUAUGCUUGGAAUCUGCCAAAACGAUGAUGGCCUUGCAACUGUUUUGUCUCAUGAGUUUGCCCAUCAGUUGGCUAGACAUACGGGAGAGAACCUGUCUAAAGCACCCGCAUACACGAUCCUCAGCAUCUUUUUGUAUACAUUGACGGGAGUUGACACAUUCAACAACAUUCUUUUGGAUGGACUGGUGAGAAUGCCAGCUUCGAGACAGAUGGAAACAGAGGCAGACUACAUAGGGCUAAUGAUUAUGUCUAGAGCCUGCUUCAAUCCGGAAGAAUCGAUAAGACUUUGGAAGCGUAUGGCAGAUUUUGAAAGUCGCAACUUUGGUGGAGCAGCCAAUUUCGAAUUCCUGAGCACGCAUCCAGCGAGCGAGAGGAGGAUACAGAACAUGGCCCAGUGGCUUUCGCGAGCACAUGAACUGUAUGAUGAGGCUGACUGUAGGAGCUUAAGACAGCAUUGGCAGCAGUGGCGCUCGAAUACACCAAUCAUCUUUUCUGGAUUCUAG